AUUGUCCUCCUCACUAAUAAAAUCAUCACCCUCAUCAUAUGAGGUUUCAGAAGGUUCUGUUUCGGGUUUAUACGUUGAGUCUUCUUCGGACUCCCAAGACCUAUACUCGGUCUCAAACUGUGCGUUAUCCCUCAUUUGGAUCCCAUGGCCUCCUCGGCCUCUCCCUUUUCCUCUAGAUACCCUAGAGUUCCCCCGGUUGACAUGCCCAGUUUCUCCCGGUGCACGCCCUAUCCGAUCAUUCCUAGUCAUCAUGCCUCCACCUCGCAUUUCUGAAAGAAAUUUUUGGAAUGAGUCAUCAGACUCGCUUCAAUGUCAACUGACAGAUAAGUACUUAAGACACCACUUGGCUCAAAUCACCGCCAUACCAAUUGUUAAGGGGCCCGUCUUAACAAUUAGAGACUUUGCAACUCAAGUACCAAAGGCUCUUUCAACACAAAACUUUUAUGCUCAUGGUUUCACAAAUCAUUUUGAGGAAAACACUUUUGAGGAACUUCAUUAUGAAGUUUAUGGACUAAGGGCUCUGAUACCAUUUAAUUGUCACGCCCCGGCCUGGCCGGACGCGCUAACAACCGCCGCAUAAUCCGAUUAAGGCAACCGCAGUUCACCCUACUCGAACCAUGCAAGGCGUACAUGAAUACCAUUCACACUAGUACAUCCAUAAACAAUCAUAAAUAAAGCAUUUCAAAUAUACGCAGCGGAAUACAAAUACUUUUAAAAAGUCAAAGGCCACACAGGGCGAACAUGAGCACGCAGGCUCCCAAAUCAUUUAUAAUUUAAAAAUAGUCCAUGAGCAUUAUUUUAUUUAUAUCAAAAUAGAACUGGAAGAAGCACGAACCACGUCUUCUCUCCAUGGAUCACCCGAAGCAACGGGAACAGGAAGCAAGCUCUAGCUUCUACCUGAAACUGUGAGGUGGCCUCCCCCGUGAAGGGGAGGUCAGUACUUGGAAGCAUUUGACAAGUACAAUGACAACUAUACUGAAUAUAAUUCAUGUUUCAAACAUAAGACCCUCAAAAUAGGGUGAUACUAUAUUAUGGGCAUAACCUACAGCUACCCCAUUUCAAAUCACUUGUAUAGAAUAUAUAUACCAAGUCAAAUAGCCGACCCGUAGGUCCAUUUGUAUUUCAAAACAAUUCCCCUUGUACAGCCCUUGGCCUAUUCUUGCAUAUAGCAAUAUCGAGAGGUUAUCCCACCCCUAGUCUAAACCCAACUCCAUCGAGAGGGUUACACAACUUAUCAUUUGUACUCGUCCACGAUGGACUUACCCACCCUACGGGUGUAUUCACUCAUUUUGGGCUUCCACCCCCAACAUUAUAUCUUUGAUUCAUUUAGGGCUUACACACCCCGUAUAUUCUUAGUUUGUGUAGGGCUUACACACCCCGUAUAAUACUUUACUCAUUUAGGGCUUACACACCCCGCGUAAUACUUUACUCAUUUAGGGCUUACACACCCCGCGUAAUACUUUACUCAUUUAGGGCUUACACACCCCGCGUAAUACUUUACUCAUUUAGGGCUUACACACCCCGCGUAAUACUUUACUCAUUUAGGGCUUACACACCCCGCGUAAUACUUUAUUCAUUUAGGGCUUACACACCCCGC